UUGUGUGAAAAUGUAUAAGUUUUUUCAACAACAUACAAUAACUAUUCAAAAUAAUAGUGUACAUUUCCGAUUUGAUAAACCUCAUAUAUUUGUUUUGCUGUCAAUUUCAAGAAUGUGAAUAUUUUAAAAUGAUACUUAAAAUGUGUGAAAUAAUACGCUGUUAUUUCAGGUUUCUUGACCAUGUAACAGUGUACAUAUUUUUGAUUAUCAUGGGACUGAAAACAGGUAGAGCACAAUCAAUGAUCACGGACCAACUGUGCCAAGGCUGUUGUGAGACUCGUACACACGGACAUCUAGUAAUACUGGCAGACGUAUUCGUGGAUGGUGAGUGUAAACAGUCUACAAGCUCAUCUUCAAUGAAACAAGCAACAACUAGCAGGUCUUUGUCAACCACUGGCAUCUCUACUCAAUAUUCAGCAUCGAGUACAAACAGAACUUCUUUAGAAACAACUUCGGUUUCAAACAUGGAACAAACCUCGAUAACUUCAUCGCCCGGAGUUUCCUCAUCUAGUUCAGCUCAUUCAAGUACAGAAAUGACCUCUAUUUCUUCAUCGCCUGGAAUUUCUUCAACUACUGCAGUUUCAAGCACAGAUCCGGACGCUCUUUCCUCAUCUUCCAGUGUUUCCUCAUCUAGUGCUUCGGUUUCACACACAAUUCUGACUUCUACGUAUACAGCUUCCGGGGUUUCCUCGGAUAACUCUUCGACGUCAAGCACAAGACAUGCCUCUUCUUCUUCGACACACGAAAAUUCUUCAUCUCCUUUGCCAGUUUCAAGCAAAAAAUCAACAGACAGAAUAACGUCUUCCUCUGAAAUUCCAUAUAGUUUUAGCUUACAAUCUACAAUGUUAGAUUUAUCAUCGGUAACUAUAAGUAUUUACUCGACAGUUUUCCACCAUGCUUCAAACACUAUUUCAAGAAUACGAAUGACAACACCAAGCUUUUCUUCUAUUUAUAAAACGUUUGAGGUUACUUCUCCAACUGUUUUCACAGAAAAAGAUAUUUUGCAGACGACAAAAUUUUCAAGUUUAUCUCCAGUUAUAUCUUCAUUGUUACCAGAAACAUCUACCAUUAGUACUAUUAUACCCGAUGGCACAUUUGUGACUUCAGAUUUGACCACUCACGCAGAAAACAAUGUAUCAAGUGAAAAUUAUCCAGAAAGUACACAGGAAACGUUAAGUUCAACUAUAACACUUCAAAAUACUACAAAUAACUAUAAUACAGAUGAUAAAGAAAAUAAAAUACCUGAUUGGACAAUGUCUACAGUACAGCAUUAUAGUACAACCUUUGAUUCAAAUGAUUUAACAUCUAGGGUGACACCUUCAGACAAAAUAACUGAAACAACACCUCUAGAUCUGACAACAAAUUCUUUUUUAUUCCCUGAAAAAUCUGCAAAAAUGUCCAGGCAAUCUCUAUCUACAAGACUUCGCACAAUUCAUACCGUAUUAAGCACCACCGAAAUUACUCGUGAGCCAUUCGUAUCGACAACUGAUAUACUGACAAUAUCUGACAAAUUAAUUACUGGUACAUCUGAUUCUAUACAGGGUAAAACAGAUAUGUUUGUAUCAACAAACAUACACACAAAACGUACAAGUACAGAAUUCCCAACUUCGUCAACUACGGUUAAAUCACUAGGUAUCACUUUUGCAUCACCAACUAAAGAAAAUGAAAUAACUGAUAUAACUUCAUAUAUAACACAUGCGUAUUCUUUCAUUUCAACUGACCAUGAGCUGUUAACUAAAACAGAAGUAACCACUGCAAGAUUAGCGAAAACAACAGAAGAUAGUAAGACAACUAUUUCGGAACUGUAUACUUCUAUAACGCCAUUGCCGUUCUCAAACCCCACAAUUAGUUUACUACCAACGAAUUCACAAUCAUCUCAAGUUAUAGUAACAGACAUUUCAUCAGUGACAUCGCUUAGAUCUGAUACCACAGGAGAAAGUGCUUCGUCGACAAAAGUGCAAAAUAAAAUGACUGAUUUACCUUCAUUUACUACAAACAUUCCUUUAUUGGGUUUAUCAACAGAAUAUAUAACGAAACGAGCGGAAACUACAGGGUUACCGUCAUUCAAGACAAAUAUGAAUUCGUUUGGAACAAGCACAAUUAAUUACCUCACUUCAGCAAAAACAGACUUACAAAAAUUCACGACAGAUUCUCCUUCAUUGGGAACAACAACAGAAAAUGACUUGUCCACAGUAGUACAAAAGAUUACAACAAUACCUUCAUUAACUACAAAUAUUCAUAUGUUUGACAUAACUACAGAAAGUAACACGUAUACAUCAAAUCUAGAUGCAAAAACAAACUUGCUAACAUUCACGACUAAUAAUCCUACGUUUGUAACAAUCACAGGCAGUGACACGUUUACAACGAUUCAAGGUGAAAAAACAUUGUCAACAUUCAUGGCGAAUAUAACUGCGCAAGUAAUGGUAACUGAUAUUGGUCUGUCCACAACAAAACAGAAUGGAACAACCUUCUUGUCCUUAUUCACGACAAAUAUUCGUCCUCUUGUCACAACCACAGACAGUGACACUUAUACAACAAAAAGAGGUGAAAGUAACAGACUUGCCGUCACUCACGACGAACAUUCCUUCGUUUCGAACCACCACAGAUAGUGACCCGUCCACAACAAAACAAUAUCAAACAACUCACUUGCCGUCAUUAACGACGAAUAUUCAUUCAUUCGGUACAACCAUAGAUAGUGUCCAGUCUACAAACAUGCCGA